GGGUCAGUAACACCUGCUGGUGCUCCGUUAGUUCUGUGAAGAGGGCUGGAGGCUCGCUGUUGACUCGGCACUGGGAGAAGGAACAGGUGGAGAUGGCUGCAACUACAGCUCAGCCUAUGGCGAGCCUGCCCAGUGGACUGGAGAUCUGCACCUCGGCCCCGGAUAUAUUUUACCUGCCUGAGCUGGUGUUCGGUGGUUUGGUGUGGAUCCUGGUGGCUUCGACCCAUGUGACUCCACCGAAUCCUCUGGGAUGGGUCAUGUUUGUGUCUGUCUUCUGUUUUGUCUUGACCUUCCUCUGGAUGAUCAUCUUCGCUGCCGGGGGUCACAAGAAUAGCUCCGGCUGGGCUGCUGCUGACUUUGCUUACCACUUCCUGGCGGUGAUCUUCUACCUCAGUGCAGGGGUGGAUCUGGCUUACAUCACCUUCAGGGCAAAAACUGAUUUACAGUUUCGAUACUAUCAGAUUGACAUCGCUGCUGUGGUGUUCGCCUUCGUGUCCACACUCCUCUACUUCAUCCAUGCCAUCCUCUCCAUUGUCCGAUGGAAGAACUUCUGAUGGCUGAAUCCCAGACUUGUGUGUCUGAACAGUACUGUGCUUCCUCUGUGUCUGUACACGAUGACCAUCCUCAUCAGUGACAUCCACCUGGUCGACACAGCCGCCUUUAUUUUUACACAUAGAGCUGCUGACAUGUUACGUACAUGAUACUAAGACUACAUCUAAAGGAUUUGGUUUAGAAAACUGUCACAUGCCUGCAUGAAAGAAAAAAAACAAAUACAGAAGUUCUAUCUUUCUGAUUUGAUUGGUACAAGUGUUCACCAUUGUAUUACUUAAGAUAAUUAUUCACCAUUUUGUCUUUGUCAUAUAUAAUUUUGAGUGACUGUAAGCGCAGGGGUCAUGUUUUUCAAAGACAAAUACUGGAUCUAUGUUCUUCACUUGUUGGAAAAUUGUUCAACAUGUCAAACAUUAUUACAGACAUGAAAUUUAUCUACUAAUUAUUACUUCCUUAGAGCCAUUUGUAAUAGAUUCACACAAUGUGAGUGAAGAAAUAAAUGCCUGGCAAUGUUUCUGUUGCUACACUGAGCAUUUAUUAAAAACAAAAGUGGAAUAAUGAGCAUGUUGACCUCACUGGUUUCAGUAUAAGUUGUAAUCAGUUCCUAUUGAUUAAAAGCUGAUGAAGAAGAUAAACUUAGUGCACUGUUAUCUUCUUCUGACUUCAAUAUAACAUUCAAGUAAAUUAAAGGGUUUUUUUUUGUUUGUUUGGUUUUUGUUUUUUUUGUGGAUUAGUGCAACAUGAUUUAGAGAUCAAACCCAGAAAUUCAGUGGAGUCACCCAAAUAUAUAUAAAAAAGACAGAUGAGGUUGACUGAGAAUCAAACUGAAGUUGUUUUUAUAAAGUAAUAAUGAAGAGAUAGUUGAAUGUCUCUUAACCGUACUCUGAAUAAACACAUGAUUUUUUUUUUAGAACUAGUGCCAUUUUUCACAUCAAGUAUAUUAUCAGUGCUUCACACUUUAAGGAUGGUUUGAUGUAUUUCUUUCUUUUUUUUUUUUAUUUUAGCUAGAAAUCCUAAAAUUUUAAUAGUUGGAAUUUUUGUUUUCU